AUGAACGCAAAUUUCACGACCAACUUCUUCGGAGGUUACUUGCGCGUUGAUGUCGGACCCAAUCGCAAUCAGAUCCGCGUGCAGGCGAACCUACCGGACUGGAUUAAGUCGGUUACACCCAAGCAGGAGUACAUCGUGGAAAAAUACGCUCUGCCGUCCAGCUUCUCCUCCCUCACGGACGUCAAGCACAUUAUCAUGUCCUUCAGCCCUUCCUCCUGCUACCCCAUCUACAACACCACCACAGUAACUCCUGAACAGGCCGUCCCCGCAUACCUCGCGUCAGGCUCGGACAUCUGCCUCUCCUGCUACGUCUACCUCACCUUCUCCUUCCUCGACGAGGCUACGGCCAGCCAGAUCGGCAGCAUUUGCACGGAAACAGACAACGGCAUGCUGCGCGGUUACAUCUGCUCCACGGACGAGGGGGCUGAGGUGACGGUGGCGCAGGCGUUUGGGAGUCCGCCGGUGGUGAAUGGCGGCGGGACGUCGGUGGGGUUUCUCUACACGGAGAUGUUUGUGCGCCAGCCCGCUGGCUCCACCAUGCGCCUCCCCUCCGUCCCCGUUGAUCCCCUGGCCAUAAAGGGAAUCGGGUACAUCAUGGUGCCAUCCAAGGGACCCACACCUCUCCCUGGGGCCUUUGACGCCAUGCCCUUCAUUGCAGGCAACAACAGCAAGGCUGUGGGUGUAGGACUAGUCUUCCCAAUCACCCUGGUCACUCAGGCGUCGCUCGCAACUACCCCAUUCAGCAGCAACACAGUGCAGACAGUCACACCCACCGCCUUCCCCGCUCUCUCCAUGAGUGCUCCUGCCAAGGAGUCGCUCACUCUCAAUGCCUCCAUCAUCCCCCCUGCUGCCCCUGGUGCUGCCGCCGCCUCAUACAACCUCUCACUCUACAUUGGCAAGGAUGUGUACCUCGAUAAGAUCACGGACCCGUUAGAAGCAGAGCUGCGGACUCGUUACUGGCUGCCGCACAUCACGGAUAUCGAUCCUGAUUCACCGUCGUUCUACUCCACGUUUUGCACCAAGACAAGCUGUCCUCUCCUCCCCCUGGAUAAAGGCGCGUCGUUUGUGGACUACGACACGCACGAGCUGGGCACCACGUCGCUCUUCGUGCACGAUAACGACAAAGUGCUGCUCAAGACCGUCAAGUACUCGCAUCCCAUGACGGCUGAUGCGUCAUCGGAGGAGGACUGCCAGUUCGUGCAGCACUGGCUAGUGCGAGCGGGGGCGAGGCCGCGCAUCUACUUCAAGCCGCAGGACGUGCGCGCUGCUGUGGUGACGUGUGGGGGGCUCUGCCCUGGGCUCAAUGACGUCAUCCGCCAGGUGGUGAUGACGCUCAACACGUACGGAGUGAGUGACAUCCGAGGCAUCAAGUAUGGCUUCCGGGGCUUCUUCGAUUCCUCCCUGCACAUACCGCUGAACCGCGCUGUGGUGGACAACAUUCACCUCAUGGGCGGGUCGUUCCUGGGAGUUUCGCGAGGGGGCUCCAACAGCCUUGAUAUCGUCGACUCCAUUCAGAAGGAGGGGAUCAACAUGCUGUUUGUGAUUGGUGGAAACGGCACCCACGCCGGAGCUCUGGCCAUCCACAAGGAGUGUUACAAGCGCGGUAUGAAGGUAGCAGUGGUGGGAGUGCCCAAGACCAUCGACAACGACAUUCUGCUGCUGGACCAGACGUUUGGCUUCGACACUGCUGUGGAGGAGGCCCAGAGGGCGCUGCAUGCUGCCUAUGUGGAGGCGUCCAGUGCGUACAGGGGCAUCGGCAUUGUGAAGCUGAUGGGGCGGCAGAGUGGCUUCAUUGCCAUGCACUCGUCGCUUGCCAGCGGACAGGUGGACAUGGCGCUCAUUCCUGAGGUGCCAUUCUGUCUGGAGGGGCCCAACGGGGUGCUGCAGCAUCUGGAGUAUCUCCUGGACCGCCAGGGCCACGCCAUCAUCUGCGUGGCAGAGGGCGCAGGGCAGGACCUGGUGCAAGGGGAGGGCGGCACGGAUGCGUCAGGAAAUCCAAUCCUGUCGGACAUUGGGGUCUUUCUCUUGAAGCAGGUGCGGCGUCAUUUCAAGUCCAUCGGACGGCCAGCAGACGUGAAGUACAUCGAUCCGACGUACAUGAUCCGCGCGUGCCGCGCGAACGCGUCGGACAGCGUCAUGUGCGCCGUGCUGGGGCAGAACGCCGUUCACGGCGCGUUCGCCGGCUACAGCGGCAUCACCGUGGGGUUGGUCAACUCGCACUACGCGUAUAUCCCGAUCCCCGAAGUUAUCAGGCACGCGCGGCCCGUGGAUCCUAACGGUCGCAUGUGGCACCGGUGUCUCACGGCCACUGGUCAGCCGGAUUUUAUUCGGGUGCAACAAUAA